UUUAUUGUUAUUCCCCUCUCUGGGUGUUAAAGUAGGCAAAGCAAGCAAGUGGUAAUCAAACAAAGCACUUCUCUCUUUUUUUGCCUUCAAGCUUCCAGAUCAAAAAUACCAACCAAAUCUUUUUCUUGAAACCUCAAGAACCUCUCUUUCUGCAAACUCAACAACCAUCAUCAGAGAGCGUUUCGAUAUGGAAGCUACACAGAAACAUAUGAUUCAAGAUGGAUCUUCAAUGUUUUACCAUCCGCCAUCUUCGGUUAAGCAAAUGGAUCUUUCUGUUCAGACAUUUGAUUCUUACUGCACACUUGAAUCCUCUUCUGGCACCAAGUCUCAUCCUUGUCUUAACAUGAACAACAACAACAACAAUUCUUCUUCAACCACAAGCUUUUCUUCUAAUGAAAGUCCCAUUUCACAAGCUAACAACAACAACAACAACAAUAACAACAACAACAACAACAACUCAUCCCGGUUUACUCAUUCCCCUGAAGACAACAAUAACUCUCCUUUAAGCGGAUCUUCUGCCACAAACAACAACGAGACAGAGCUUAGUCUCAUGCUUAAAGAUUUGGAAACUGCAAUGAUGGAGCCUGAUUUAGACAACAGCUUUAACCAUCAAGGUGGGUUUGGACAGCAACACAGAGCUGUUUCUUCUGCUAUGUAUAGAUCUAUGGAAAUGAUCUCUAGGGGAGAUUUAAAAGGAGUGCUCUAUGAAUGCGCUAUGGCCGUUGAAAGCUAUGAUUUGGAACUGACUGAUUGGUUGAUUUCUCAGUUACAGCAAAUGGUUUCGGUUUCUGGUGAGCCUGUUCAGCGUUUAGGAGCUUAUAUGCUUGAAGGGCUAGUUGCUCGGUUAGCUUCUUCUGGUAGCUCCAUCUAUAAAGCUUUGAGAUGCAAAGAUCCCACAGGUCCUGAGCUUCUUACUUAUAUGCAUAUCUUGUAUGAAGCCUGCCCGUAUUUCAAAUUCGGAUACGAAUCUGCCAAUGGAGCUAUAGCUGAAGCUGUGAAGAACGAGAGUUUUGUGCACAUUAUCGAUUUCCAGAUUUCUCAGGGAGGUCAGUGGGUGAGUUUGAUCCGUGCUCUCGGUGCUCGACCUGGUGGACCUCCUAAAGUUAGGAUCACGGGUAUUGAUGAUCCAAGAUCAUCGUUUGCUCGACAAGGAGGUCUUGAAUUAGUAGGACAGAGACUCGGGAAGCUAGCUGAAAUGUGUGGUGUGCCGUUUGAGUUUCAUGGAGCUGCAUUGUGUUGCACGGAAGUCGAAAUAGAGAAGCUAGGAGUUAGAAAUGGAGAAGCGCUUGCGGUUAACUUCCCGCUCGUUCUUCACCACAUGCCUGAUGAGAGUGUAACGGUGGAGAAUCACAGAGAUAGACUGUUGAGACUGGUCAAACGUUUGUCACCGAACGUUGUGACUUUGGUCGAACAAGAAGCGAAUACAAACACUUCCCCAUUUCUUCCACGGUUUGUCGAGACAAUGAACCAUUACUUGGCGGUUUUCGAAUCCAUCGAUGUGAAACUCGCUAGAGAUCACAAGGAAAGGAUCAAUGUUGAGCAGCAUUGUUUGGCUAGAGAGGUUGUGAAUCUUAUAGCAUGUGAAGGUGUCGAAAGAGAAGAGAGGCACGAGCCACUAGGGAAAUGGAGGUCUAGGUUUCACAUGGCGGGUUUUAAACCGUAUCCGUUGAGCUCGUAUGUGAACGCAACGAUCAAAGGAUUGCUUGAGAGUUAUUCAGAGAAGUACACUCUUGAAGAAAGAGAUGGAGCAUUGUAUUUAGGAUGGAAGAAUCAGCCUCUGAUCACUUCUUGUGCUUGGAGGUAACAAAAGAAAAACUUUGCUUGGUUUGAGAGAUUUAUGAGAGAUUAGAAUCUGUUUGUAAAAGUUAAAAAAAAAAAAAAAAACUCAUGAUCCGAAGACACAGUUGUCAAAUGUUGUACUAGUAAGUGUUGUUGAUGACCCCAUAUGUUUUAAUGUUGUAUGUUUUUCUAAUUUUCAAACAAACUAUGAUUUGACAUCAAACUUAUAAGUUACAACUCUGUGUGUUUGAUGUAAAAAAUUAAUGAUAACUUUUCUGGUUUUACAUAGAA